UGAGGGCCCCUGACCGCUCCGAGUCUCCGAUGAUCGGUGCCCAGCCGCUGUGCGCCUCGGCGCCCGGCCUGUCCCCCGGGCAGCGCAAGCUCUGCCACCUGUACCAGGACCACGUGGCGCACAUCGGCGAGGGUGCCCGCCUCGCCCUCAGAGAGUGCCAGCACCAGUUCCGAUCCCGGCGAUGGAACUGCACCGCUCUCGGCUCCGACGCUGUGUUUGGACCCGUGGCUCAGUCAGGUUCGCGCGAGGCCGCCUUCGCGUUCGCGGUGUCGUCGGCGGGCGUUGCGCACGCGGUGUCGCGCGCGUGCCGCGAGGGGGACCUGGCCACGUGCGGCUGCAGCCGCGCGGCGCGACCCGCGGCGCUGCCCCGCGACUGGCUGUGGGGCGGCUGCGGCGACAACGCCGAGUACGGAUACCGCUUCGCGCGAGAGUUCGUGGACGCGCGCGAACGCGAGCGGGGAGGAGGAGGAGGCGCCGGUGGCGGUGGUGGCGGUCGAUCGUCUCCAGAGUACGCGCGCGCCGUCAUGAAUCUGCACAACAACGAAGCCGGCCGUCGGGCGGUGUACAGCCUAGCGGACGUCGCGUGCAAGUGCCACGGCGUGUCGGGCUCCUGCUCGCUCAAGACCUGCUGGCUGCAGCUCGCCGACUUCCGUCGAGUCGGGGACCGCCUCAAGGAAAAGUACGACGGAGGUGCUGCCAUGAGGCUGGUGAGCCGCAAGGGGAGCGGUGCCGCCGGUGGCGCUGGUGGCGGCAGCGGCGGGCGGUCGUCUCCGCAGCUGGAGCCCGUGAACGGGCGCUUCACGCCGCCCACGCAGGACGACCUCGUCUACCUGGACGCGAGCCCCGACUACUGCACGUACGAUGAGACGCGCGGCAUCGCCGGCACGGUGGCGCGCCAGUGCAACCGCACGUCCGAGGGCACCGACGGCUGCGAGCUCAUGUGCUGCGGCAGAGGAUACGACCACUACAAAGCCACGGUGGUGGAGCGAUGCCACUGCAAGUUCCACUGGUGCUGCUACGUCAAGUGCAGGAUGUGCACGGAGAUCGUCGACCGAUUCGUCUGCAAGUAGCCAGCACGGCCCCCAUGGCCCCCACGGCCGCCCCGGUUUGGCCGAGCGAUACCGUGGCCCCAGCGCCCUCCCGCCCCGGCGUCUCCACGUUGCCAGAACCCCAAACGCCUUCUCUCUCGACGGGCCGGACGCCAACAACGCCGCCGGCCCGCACGCAAAUCCCCACUCGGCGUCAGCCACGAGCCUGGCGCGUGGCUUCAGCCGCAGCCUGGCUGCUACUCGUCACGUGCCACCUGCAGCUCCGGGCUAGCAGCGACCCGGACAAGAUUUCUACACCCGGCACACCACAUCCAACGUACCUCUCCCACUGUGGGCUGUGGCAGCGACCAGUCACGUGCCACCUGUUUUACAGUCGGAAGAUGUUGAGCAAACAAUUGAAGCCCCGGGUGUUAUCGAAACAACAACAACAACAAGGCUCAAGUUACCGUCGCCUGCAUUAUUAUUGUAAUUAUCGUCGCUAUUAUUUGUCGCACUGUUUUUUGUUGUUGUUGUUGUUGCAACUCGACUGAGAAAGUGGAUUGGUCUUUAAACUGGCAGCAGCUACUGCCUUGCCUUUGGUGUCACCAAAAGCCGACGUCUGAAGGGGCCAGGAUAUCACCCACCUCCGGCUGCUGCCGGCGUUCUGAAGGCACCACGUUGUGAAAUGCCUUCUCCAACUGUGAGUCGUCAUGACCUGGCGCCCCCCCCCCCUCUCUGUCUCUGCUCCGGAGAGGGCCUCCGUUCCAAAAACUUGAAACUGACAUUGGGGGCUUAACUUGAGCCCGGAUCUGUCCGGGGAUUGGCGACCCGUAAAAUAUUUCCUCUCUCUCUCUCUCUCUCGCUACGGCUGUGGCUACCCUGCCUACUUGCCCCGGUCUACCGGCGACCCGCCGGCAGAUAUUCGGAGCGCGAUCGAGGAACCGGGUUGCGACGAAAACGUUGCCCGUUGGUGCGAGGCAGCGCGAACGGCGUUUGCUUGCGGCGAGGCG